AUGGAAAACAACUAUAUUGGUCAACAAGAGCACAUCUUCUCUGUUGACCAAGUGUCUUACCGAGGCGUCCGUCGGAGGAAAUGGGGCAAAUGGGUGUCGGAGAUCCGGGAACCCGGUACGAAAACCCGAAUUUGGCUCGGGAGCUACGAGACAGCCGAAAUGGCCGCAGCGGCCUACGACGUUGCGGCUCUUCACCUCAAAGGUCAUGGAACCAAUCUCAACUUCCCGGAGCUGGCCUACAGUUUCCCUCAGCCGGAGAGCUCAAGUCCCGAGCAUGUUCAAGCGGCUGCUCAAGAGGCAGCACUUAUGUUUAAACCACCUGGUAGGUCUAGUACUGAACCAUCUCUCGAGUCGGGUCAUGGACUUCCUCGGGUCGGAUUGUCUCCGGAUCAGAUUCAAGCUAUUAACGAGUUCCCAUUAGACUCGCCGAGGAUGGGAUGGAUGCAAGACGUCUUGGAAGUGACUGAUUACGAAGAGUUGUACGGACGUUUUUUUGGUCAGUACGACAAGGAUGAGUAUUUUGAAAUGCAGCAACUUCAGUCUAUAUGGAACUCUAGUUGAUAUUGCAUCUGCUUAAACAUUUCAUUUUAUUUAUGUUGUUACAAUG